GUAUCGGAGACCGCGGUCAUCGGAGACCGCGGGUAUUAAAAGCCAUCUGAUAGAAAUGAUCCUUUUUACUAACUUUUGAUACAUAAGAAUCACACAGAGAAUCAUUCUAAAAGUGGUUCUACCACCUAAAGAGGUUUUUGUAGUUAAAGAAGUAACCUAAGUUUCAGAAUAGAGAAUUUUUGUAGACUUUACAGCGAAAUGUUCCGGCGGCGAACGGCGGGGUUAAAUGAUUAAAUAAAUGUUUCCCCAGAAGCAGAACUGGAGAGCCAAGAAACUGCUAGGACCUGGUCAUGUUAUCGCCAUCUUGACGGUCCAUAACAAGUACAAGGCUGUUUGCCACAGCAGUUGUAAAGCUGAUUAUUAGCAUACCUACUCGGACAGAAUUUUUCGCAAGCUCCCUACUAAUGUAUGCCUUUCAGUACUGAGGCAACCGUGGACACCGUUGUUGAAAUUUUCGUGAAGAUUACAGCCGAGCCCACCAACAAACAGGUUCGGAAGUCUUGGGCUCCGAACAAAUUUUUUAAAGAUGGGGGCCCCAAAUUUAAACUUUUUGGUCAAUAAAAGGGUACCCCACGCCUUCCUAAGGGAACCCGGAUUGCUUGUUACACCACUGGUUACAGCCUCACGUUUGAAAAUAAAGAAGAAACAUUCGAGACAAAAGGUUUUAGCGCCUUGUAAAAAAGACAGAAGAAAAACCUAUCCUUUUUCGCGAUCUCUCCCAACGUGUUGGUUCCCACGACAACGUAAGAAAUGAGUUGAUAGAAUUUAAUGGCUACCUGAAGAAGUGGUUUUGCAUAGAAAACCUGCUGUAUUAUAGCCCUUUUUCUUUUGUUUGUUAUUGUCAUCUUUUAUUUUCAAACACUUUGUAAAGCCAAACACAUUCUUUGCAGUUGUGGCCUUGAGCAUUAAUUAAACGACACUUGGCAGGCAGUUGUACUCUGCUAUCCACCUGCGAUCUUUACGCAAUCGAGAUACAACAUCGUAUUCAAAGAACUUGCUUUUAUGCACAGCAGACGAUUAGGAGAUUAAAACUUUCAAAAGGAUGAAGAAUAUUCUUAUAUUACUUUAGCUUUUAAAACAAAUCAUAGACAAAAUACUCAACAAGAUAGUCACCUUCACUUACAAAACACCCUGGUUUUGAUGCCAAAAUGCAGAAAGGCCUCUCAGGUACGAUAUAUUUCUGAUCUUCACUUCCUUGCCUUUGAUUUUUGCGCAAUAGUAUGGUGAAGAUUUAAUGUUUUCAUCUUAUUUAAUCUUUAACGACUUCCUUGAAGGAAGCUUUACCUGUCCUAAGUCUCUAGAUAAUUGUUCAAAAUUUUACUCGCUUUUGUGCAGUCUUGAAGUUUUGACCGAGAUGCUUAUUUUGAAAUCUGUUGUUAUCAGAGUAUAACCUGCCCUGUGUCUUUGUUUUCUAAGGGAGAUUUUUAAAGCUUGAGAAAAAUGUCAGAUGGAAGACCAAACAACGUGCUUUUUUCAGAACCAGUUAAUUUUCGCCGAAGCUCUAUGUUAUUAUUUUUUGGACAAUUUGAGACUCAGGUGUUCUUAAAGUUGUUCUUAUUUCUAAAUUGAUUCUCCUACAAUCUCCCUCAUACCAUCAAUUGUUUCUAAGACCAGUAAAUAACAGUUUUGCAUGAAAUUUUCUGCAGCACAGUUAAUUAGUUGCUGAAAACUGUUUCUGGAGAAAAAUUUCGAAAGCCUAUAUUGUAUUUUUUCUUCUAAUCUUUAAUCUGAGGUUGGGCAUGCCACCAUGUUCUUAUAGAUAUGUUCUUAUAAAAGCUGAGGGUGGUCAAAUUAUUUGUCCCUGUUCUGAUCCUUUGCCUUGCUGUUUUUCAGGAAAAUCUUUGAUGAGCCUUAAAAGAAAGCUUCCCUCGGACAUAAUUAGAACUGGAUUGAUCAUUGCUAACGUGGUUUUAUCUCUGAUGAUUAUUCACUUAAUCGUCGACAUAUACAGCACGUUAAACACGAGUCCGCCUGAAGUGGUCAAAUCCUCUGAAACAAACUGCAAAUGUAAGGACAUCUUAGGAGAUGGUUCAAUAGGAUCAUGGGUACGAGGUCAUACUUCUGAGAGGCUACGAUAUCUGCCGCCGUCUAAACUCACUGACAGGGAGAUACGACGGCAGCUGUUCCUUCCAGACCAAAUUUAUCGAAAUGAUCUCCGAUGUGGCUGGGACAAUCCGCUUGUUGAUUUUACAUUGCCAGCAGCAUGUGAUCCAGAUAGCCAUCACUUUUGCUGCAACGAGAAGUUUGGUUGGUGUGGGAACACGACAGAUCACUGCCAGCAAGAGGGGAGCGUUGACUUCAAAAAGCUAGUACCGACAAAUGAGGCUGUUUGGAAACCAACAAGCAACGAAUGUAAAUUGGUGGAGUUUUCACCAAAAGAUGCUUGCAAUUUAAUGUCUAAAAAUCAGAUCAAUCUGAUUUUUAUGGGUGAUAGUGAAGCUAGAAAAUUCUUGACAGCAUUCCUGCUUUUGCUCACUGGAGACAUUGAGAAGGGAGUUUUGCGUAGGGACAUUUCUGACCCACAAUUUGAAAGCUGUCAUUGGGAGCUACAGUUGCUGAAUGAGGAUUGUCAUACCAUCGUAGAAGAUUCCUCGAUUCGACUUGAAGACCCGGAUUCGUGUGGCUACAAUAACGCUUUUCUUGUAGAAUAUUAUCCGGACUUUGACACAUUUCUUACAUCACGGACUACAGAAAGGAUAAAAUCUUUAUUCAAAGUGAAAAACACAUACAUUAUAUUUAAUGGCGGUGUUCACUUCAAUGCAAAUUCGCAAGCCAUGUUGAACUAUUAUCUGCGAUAUGUGGUUGACUUGUUAAAAGACCAGAAAUGGCCUAAACUGAUUGUCGAGACUCUUCCAAAGACACCUUCAGUGGUUCUGAGUGAUCAAAGAAGAAGAUUCAAAAAUGCUAUCGUAGAGUUUUGCAGCAAACAUAAAAUUCCGGUAUUUGACAAUUUUGAGCUGGGAACAAAUCUACAGUCCUACGACGGAAAGCAUUUUUCAUUACCGUAUUACAUGCAGAAAGUUCAUAUUUUACUAGGAUAUCUAAAGGAAACAACGGAGCCAUGCUCUCUGUAGAUGUUUCUUUACCUGUAGAUAUUAGAUUUUCAGCUGGUAACGAACCCAGCCUUUGAAUUAUAGGCUGUACUUACGGAGAUUCGGAAUACAAAUAACUUAACAGCAAGUAAUUGAAGGUUUCGAGAAAAUCGCAAGUCUUCACUAAAUAUUUCUGAAAGAGCAAUACCUAUAGGGUAUCUGUUCGUUCUGCCAACCCAGCGUACCCCUAGAAAUUCAACACCCUCGAGCCUGUUAGAUUAUAUAAUGUAUACUGAUGUUAAGUCUUAAUGUCUGUACUUGCAUGUUUUGUCCACGUUUUGUGUCAUUGGAUCGAAUGUGCCACUCAGUACCCCCAAGAAACCAGUGAUAAAUGCGAGCAUCAGAGACUAUGGUUUUAAAAACGAUUGGACUUACCCUGCCCUCUGUUUAAUGAAGAGAUAACUAUAAUCAUUUUUCUAUAAUCAAGUGCAUGAGAUUCCCAAUCGAGGAACAGAGGAAUGAAAACACUUAAACAAACAUUUUAGUUUAGAAAUAUUAAUUUGAGUUUAGAAAAUCAAAAUCUGCUUGAUUUUUUAUUUAUAACGUUAACAAUGAUUGAUUACAAAUGAGUAGUAGUAGUAGAAUUUUUUGGUACAAUUUAUCUGAUAUCAUGGUAGAUUUUAGAAAAGAAGAGUGUUUGCAAAUGAAGUCGAUAUCAGCUUGGCUUUAGAGCAAGAUACUAUAAGUAGUUUAAUUGAAGAAUUUUUCACUCGAGAAAGUUUCGGUGUCUCGAUUCCAGGUAUCAGUUCUCCGAAAUAUUCCGGUUUUAAUUUUAAGAAGCAAGUUUUCAACUACUGGCUAUUUACCAAUAUUUUGAUUAAUUAUUCGAUAAAUAUUGGAACACAGCUUAUUUUUACUUCAAUCUUUCAUUAUGUAUGCAAAUCCUUAGAAAAACGAGAUUUUUCUCUCAUGCUUUGCAGAUCUAGGAUUAUUAAACAGCCCCCUUACCCCUUGAACCCUGAAAGAAUCUCAUUAGUGAGUCUUUCUUUCACGAAUUCGCUUUUUCUCUGACAGGAAAUUCUCUUUGUGAAAUUUUGCCUCCAAAAAGGAAAGAAAUUUUUCACUAACAUUAAUUGUUUCUUAAAAAGUAAAAUUUGCAAGAAUUCAGUGUAAAAUUGUAGUAUUGUUAUGGAUAUCGUUUAUUGUUGACCUUUGUACCUUGUAUUGUCACUCUGGUACUUGUAUGAAGUCUCACAAAGGUCAGCAUUAAACAAUGAUAAAUGCAAAUACUACAACAUUAUACACAGAACAAAGCUCAGUUACACAGCUUUUUUUACCACCAAAAGUGAGCGUCGUUAUAAAUAUAUAUUUUUCCCUAAGGCCAUUUCUUGGAAUUCAUGCACUCAAAUGCAAAUGCUACUUAUCCAACGAUCUGCCUACAAAAAGAAAAGCCGG